CCCAAGAUGUUAAGAGGAAGAAACCUUGAGAGGAACCCGACUCAGAAGGGAACCCGUCCUCAUCUGGGUCACAACAGAUAGUGUGAAAAAAAGUUCAUUAUGGAUUUAUAUGAAGUCUGUAUGGCUUUAGGAGCAGCCGUAGUCCCAGCAGUCUGGAAUUGGAGUAGAUGAGAGCUCCAUCCAGAGGCAGGACAUCCGAAAAGGAUCAGGCAGGUCCGGAGAGCAGAGAGGAUCAGGAUCUCUAGUAUCUCCAUAAAAUCGUGUGUGACUCAACAGGAGAGAGGGAGAGAAGAGAUUAUUAGGACUGUGCUUAGCGUAACAGAAAGUCUAGUCAGGGUAGGCUUGAGUAAACAAAUACGUUUUCAGCCUGGACUUAAACACUGAGACUGUGUCUGAGUCCCGAACACUAAUAGGAAGACUGUUCCAUAACUGUGGGGCUCUGUAAGAGAAAGCUCUUCCCCCUGCUGUAGCCUUCACUAUUCCAGACACCGUCAGAUAGCCUGCAUCUUUUGAUCUAAGUAGGCGUGGCGGAUCACAGAAAACCAAAAGGUCGCUUAGAUACUGUGGCGCGAGACCGUUUAGUGCUUUAUAGGUUAAUAAAAGUAUUUUAUAAUCAGUGCGAGAUUCCACUGGGGUUAGAAAGUAACACUCUUCAGAAUAAAUCCAAAAGAGCCAAAUAUAAAAAUGGAGUAUAGACCCUGAUCUAUCUAUAUAUAAUGUGUAUGUAUAUAUAAUAUAAAUGUGUGUGUGUGUGUGUGUGUGUGUAUAAUAUAUGGAUGUUUUGCUUGCUUUUCUUUCUUUGAAGAGCCGUCUGAAUGCGGAAGUAGCUCGGGUCAAAUUGAAAAGAAAGGGAGGAGGGGGGGAAAAAAAAAGCGAGCAAAACCUCCAUCUUCUGAUCAUCUUCAAAACGUGUCAUCCUCUCCCGCAUGAUUUCUCACCAGUGUGUUUUAUACUCCGGGAGAGAAGAACUAAUUCUGUGAAGACGAACAGAUUCCGCUUUCCUGCGUGCUGUGAACAGUGCUGUUGAUCUGUAAGCAGAUAUCCAACUUGACCACAAGCUAACUCGCUGUUAACCAUUUGCGGUUCUUUUCCUAAGCUAACGUUAGCGCCGUAGCUAAUGUUCGUUUCAGAAAAUGACCACAGUGAACGUUCGACGUAACCAAAAGUUACGCCGCAUAAUUGUGUAUUCAGAAUGAACACUUUAAAGCCUGCAAAACAUAUGUUUGUAAAAGUCUACUGAUGCAUCUUACCUCAGUUUCUUAAACUUGGUUUUUAUCGAGAGAACACGUGCGCCGCUGAAGGUGACGCGGCAGUCGAGAGUAACAACAGACUUGUAUGCAAACGUUUCUCCUUAUGGCUUGUUUCGGACAAGCCGUAUUUAAAGGUUUACUCUUUUAAGCUGUUUUUGCUGUUCUUGUGUAUAUUUAAACCGGGAAGUCAUUUUGAACCCAUAACAUAAUGGAUGUAACUUUUUUUUUCCAAAAUAAUAGGAGAGCUAAGUGACCUGGAUGGGUAAAAAAUCACUCGGCAAAAACAGAUGAUUUCCCGUUACGACUCAGUGAGUUCAGAACGUUGAGGAAAACAGAGAUGACUGCGCUGUAGCUUCAUUGUUGGUGACGCCAUGAGCUAUCCAGCGCCAUGCAAACCCCAGAGGCGGGCGCUGACUCCUCGUCCACGGUGCCCCUCCAGACCAGCGUGCCUGUGCAGCCUGCUGUUACCACCCAGCAGGUGCCCACUCAGGUGCCCGUCCAGCAACAGGCACAGACUGUUCAACAGGUGCAGCAUGUGUACCCGUCCCAGGUGCAGUACGUGGAGGAGAACAGCAGCGUCUACACCAACGGAACCAUACGCACAUACUCGUACUCGGAGCCGCAGCUGUACAGUCAGAACAGCAGCGGGAGCUACUUUGACACACAAGGCGCCGCACCUCAGGUGAGCACGGUGGUGACGAGUCACAGCUUGGCCAACAACGGCAGCACUAACGGCGGGCUGGCUAUGGGCCUCACGGGGGGUCAGAUCAUCAGCAGCUCAGGGGCCUACCUGAUCGGGUCCAACGCCAUGGACGGCUCCGCCCCUCACACUGCAGCGCAGACCACCAGGGCCUCUCCAGCUACGAUUGAAAUGGCGAUUGAGACGCUCCAAAAGUCUGAGGGUUUGUCCAGUCAGAGAAGUUCACUGCUCAACAGCCAUCUGCAGUGGCUUCUGGAUAACUAUGAGACUGCUGAAGGGGUGAGUCUGCCUCGCUCCACACUCUACAGCCACUACCUGCGCCACUGCCAGGAGCAGAAGCUCGACCCGGUCAACGCCGCAUCAUUUGGGAAACUCAUCCGCUCCAUCUUCAUGGGUCUGCGCACACGCCGCCUCGGAACCAGGGGGAACUCCAAGUAUCAUUAUUACGGGAUCCGGGUGAAGCCAGACUCGCCACUGAACCGGCUGCAGGAGGACAUGCAAUACAUGGCACUGCGGCAGCAGCCUGUGCAUCAGAAACAGAGGUUCAAGUCUGUGCAGAAGGCGGACAGCUUUUUAGGAGACAACUACCCGAGCAGCGGGCAUCACCAUCCCAAUGCCGCCGAGCAGACGGUCCUCGCGCAGAGCCAGCACCACCAGCAGUUCCUGGACGCGUCUCGGGCCAUCCCCGAGUUUGUAGAGCUCGAUCUCGGAGAGAACGGGGUGGACGGUGUCAGCAUGGAGGACAUCAAAGCUCUUCAGAUACUGUACAGAGAACACUGCGAGGCCAUCUUGGAUGUGGUGGUAAACCUCCAGUUUAGCUUGAUCGAGAAGUUGUGGCAGACGUUCUGGCGCUAUUGCCCUUCCAACUCAAUAGAAGGCAUCACCAUGACUGAAAACAGCGGGAUGAGUGAGAUUGAGGGGCGUCUGCCACGUGCCAGGCUGUUGCUGCUGUGCCAGAGUGAGGCCGUGCUAAAGUGGAUGAACACCUGUGAUCACCUGAUGUACCAGGCUCUAGUGGAGAUCCUCAUCCCUGAUGUCCUCAGACCCAUUCCUAGUGCCUUGACUCAAGCCAUCCGUAACUUCGCCAAAAGCCUUGAGGGCUGGCUCACCAACGCCAUGAGCGCCAUUCCCCAGAAGAUGAUCCAGACCAAGGUAUCCGCUGUUAGUGCCUUUGCGCAGACCCUGCGCAGAUACACGUCUCUGAACCACCUGGCCCAGGCGGCACGUGCUGUCCUGCAGAACACCUCACAGAUCAACCAGAUGCUCAGUGACCUGAACCGCGUGGACUUCGCCAACGUGCAGGAGCAGGCAUCAUGGGUCUGCCAGUGCGAGGAGGGCAUGGUGCAGCGACUCGAGCAGGACUUCAAGGCUACACUGCAGCAGCAGAGCUCCUUGGAGCAGUGGGCCACCUGGCUCGACAACGUCGUCAGUCAGGUCCUCAAGCCCUACGAGGACAGGCCAAGUUUCCCUAAAGCGGCCCGCCAGUUCCUGCUCAAGUGGUCCUUUUAUAGCUCGAUGGUGAUCAGAGACUUGACCCUGCGCAGUGCUGCCAGCUUCGGCUCGUUCCACCUGAUCCGUCUGCUCUACGACGAGUACAUGUUCUACCUGGUGGAGCACCGUGUCGCCCAGGCGACCGGAGAGACACCUAUAGGGGUUAUGGGAGAGUUUGAUGACCUGAAUACUAUGUCACCUACCAACAUUGAUAAAGAUGAAGUAAGCGAGAUGGACAGUGAGCUGGACGAGGAGAUGCAGGAGGCAGGGGAGCCGCUGGCCAAGCAAGAGAAAGCGGAGGCAGAGGUGAUUCAGGUGUUGCAGGUGGGGACUAUGGAGGACGGAAGCAGCGCUGUAGUGGGCGUGGUACAGCCGGACAUGCUGGGUACAAUGGGGAUGCAGCAGCAGUCCACCAUCCGUCACUGCAGUGGGGCUGGCAACGCCUAUGCCUCUGUGUGACACUUUCACCAGCGCUCUCUCAAAUCUUUUUUUUUCUUCUUCUUAUCCCUCCACAUGACACCUAGUUAUAUUCAUUUACAUCUCAUCUGUCGACAUGUAACACGCUCUCUUCUGUUCAGCAGGGUCUGAUCACGUCACUACAUCAGCAGAUGCUUCAGUCCUGCACUGCCAUUAUAUGAACUUCAUUUAUGUGAUCAGGCUAUUUGAUUCCGAGCAGCCCUUGAAGGAGAGAAGGUGCUCAAUGUUAACGUCCCUACUCUGAAAAGAAUGGGUCAUUUUUUAUUUAUUUAAAUUUUUUUUCCCCCCAGAUGACCAAGAACUCAAAUCCAUGCCACUAGCUCCACAGGAAAAAACACGCAUCACUGAAGCUCAAUGUAUUUGUACUGUUGGUCAUUGUUUACGUUUGUCCCCCCCCCCAUGUAGCUUUGUGUCAGAGUUGGAAAUCUUGCUGUGUAUCGUGCUGCUAUAAUCUCAAGCGAGCUGUCCAGAUACGUCCAGCCUCCUCCUUGAGCUGUUCUCCUUGCCUUCUGUUUGUCGAAUCAGUCUCUUGGUCUGAACUUCGGAGAGGAUUCAUUUCACAUCCUCUACAGUAUGUAUCCAGUGCAGACCUUUUUUUUGUGUGUGUGUCGUCGUUUUGUUUAUUUUGAUUGGACCAAAAGAAAAAAAUAUUUUUUUUAAAAAAUAGGAAGUGUUGAUAUUGGCUGUUCCAGGCUGUCGUACAGCUUCGCGUCCUCUCUCGCACCUGUGCUGUGUCAUAAAACCGAGCUAAUGUCAGGGAUUUAAUGUACCUCGGGUUCAUGCUAGUGCCUUAACCCAGCAACAGCUUUUCCGUUUUGUUGAAGCUACUGUAUCGCACUGAGGGAGGCUGUUCCUUUUCUACUAGAACACUCGCUGCAAAGAAAUAUUCACUGCUAGAUAUCGAACACCUGGACUAGUGGCUGGAUUUGUAACCCGUCAUCGGCGUGAGCUGAUUCGAAUUGUCGAUUGAUUGUUUUUAGUAAGGGAUCUGUGUGCGUUUCCGUGUCUGUUCUGUCGUCUGUGUAACCGUCACCCUACCUCACACCAGUGGUGCCAGCCGUUGGACGAACGCCCCACAAGUUUUGAUGUGCGUUACGUCGUACUGUUUAAAUCUCGUCGAUUCAUCGUUCAUUCCCUUCGUUACACACUGGAUAUCUACCGGGGACCAAAACUUGCUCUUUGCUUUGAUAUACAAAAAAUAUAUAUAUUGGUAUAAAUAUAUAUACAUAUAUAUGAUAAAUCAAUUCAUAAUUUUGUGUCGUAUCGCUGCUUCUGAGCAGGUGCUGUCGCUUUUGUAGCUCUUUAUUUUGACUGGUCGAUCCGUGCACUGACUGUGAAGGGAGUUCAGACUGUAUGCCAUUUUACUCAACAGGAGAUUGUGAUGCAUUUCAUUCAGAGAUUUGUGGGUUGGGGGACGCAUCCAGUACAUCUGAGAUUAUUUAUAUAUUAUAUAUAAAACUAGUCUGUGUAGCUGCACUCCUGUAAAAGCCACAGACUAUAGCAUGGACUGCUUUUAUUAAUUAUUAUUAUUAUGGUAUUUGGACUUACUGAUUGUUUUAUGUAAUGAAAAAAAAACCCACUGGAAAACAAUAUUUUCUUUACUACUGAUCAUGUUUUCAUUUGAAUUUUUUUUAAUUAUGAUUUUGUCUGCACAAUCUUCACACACUCGUUUCUGACUCCUAUAGCGAGGUAAAGUGUCGAUCACGGUCUUGCAUAAAGUAAUAACUGACUUUUCUGUCGAAGUAACCGAAGCGAGAGCUCGACUUUCUUUUCAACUCCGAGUGCAAUCUGUGAACUGGAAUAGGAAGAGUCGCUUUCUAUACAGCAACAAGCUGUUCACCGCCACGCCUGAGGCAGCUGACAGGAAAUACAGAGAUUGUGAAACUGAGCUGUGUGAUUAUCUGCCACUUUUUCCAUCGAUCAUGUUUUUAAUUUAGUUCCUUUGUAUGAAUGUGAGACGUUUUUGUCGUAUCCUCUUGUGCCUGGAGUGAGAAGAGCUCUUAACCAUCAGUUAGUUGUAAACGAAAGUGCUUUUGGUCUUGCAUGCUUUUUGUGCUGCUAGAAUGUCAAGAUUUUGCAGUUGUUGUUUUUUUUUUUAAAAUAUAUAUUAUAUAUAUUGUGCCAGCGCACAAUAAUGUGUUCUAUCUUGCCUGUUGAGUUUCUGCCACAUUAACCACAAGCCUACCGUUCUAAUUCAAUUUGCAAACAACUUAUUUAUUUGAUUAAGACCCCAAAUGCCCUACCCUUGUUGUAUGUCGCACUGAAGUUGGCCUUGCUAGAUUUGACGGCUGUGUCCCAAAUCACGUACUACUGUGUUAAAAGCAUUCAGAGGUCAAACAUUAACGAGCGCAAACUCACUGGAUGUUUUGUUUUGUUUUUUUUUUUUUUAAAAAUUGCUUGCACUAGUGUGUUAUUGAGGUAAAUGGUCAUUUCUCUAUUUUGGGGGGGGAUGGAGACGGAGACAGCUAAUUUCUAAGCAGUAGCUGUACUUGAAUUUAACUCUCGACAAACGAAACAGCUAGCCAACAUGUCCUGUAUAGUGAACUAUGCAGAUUAGGAUGUAACUGAGCCAUUUAGGAGUCACCUUUUAAAAUAACUUUUCAAAAAAGGCCACAUCCCAAAUUGCAUACCACAAGAUAGGGUUGGGUUGUGAUGACCGAUAUCUUAAUUAAAUCCUACCAGAGUACACUUGAUAUCCCGUGGUCUUGAUAACCUUUAACAUUUUUUUUUUUUUUUUAAACAUGAUUAUUUUAUCCUCCUUUUCAGUGUUUGUUUAUUUUUGAAAACAUUAAGGCCAGCAACCUUGCAUUAAAUAAUGCAUAGCGUGUACCAUAGAAAUGUCUUCGAGUAUUAUUUCCCCCAACCCCCCGCCGUUUCCACCCGUCUAAUACUGACAUGCUAAAAUAGGACGGUAUGCUGUUUGGGAAGUAGCCGAACUCCGCCUCUGCGCCAUACUAAACCGUGCAUUUUUCACCCCUCGAAUGUUGCGUGAGACAUUUUAGACCUGCGCUGACCCUAACUUGAUGUAAGGUAUGCAUCACUUAAAGGCUGUGAAGAACACGUGACUUAAACAUAUCAAACCCCCGGAGCUGGAGUGAACAGGAAAAGGCUCUUCUAGUUCUAGCAAGGCAGCUUCACUGGUAAAGAGACUUCAGUGCCUUCAAUUUCACCAAGACCUCCUGGAGCAGACAAAACGUUUGCCCACUUCUGCAAUUAUUAUACCUAUGAGAGCGGAAACAGUCGAGUUCAAGCUGCAUGCUCAAAACAAAGGUCUACUCUUACACGUGGUUCAGGUGUCCCUACUGUAAAACAUCACUCACCGUCAUCGACUCGCACACACCUACCACAGAUAUGCACAUUUAGAGGAACGUUCACGACUUCAUCUUGCCAUUGUGCUGACUAAUAACUGUAUUAAUCUCUUAAAAUGGGAACCGUAGAACACUUGGGAGUCUACCAUUAUGACCGCUGCACUAUCCCAGUCACUUCUUUUUCCUUUCCUCUUUCUAUUAUUUGUAGCGUGGUUGUGAUCGUUUUUCAUUUCUUAAUGCUUUGGGAAUCUUUUAAGUGCCAUUUGACAGUUUACGUAGUGCGCCGUGGCCUGCUGUAGCGCGUUCUAAUGCAAGCACAAGCGUUGUGGUACUCAUGAGCAGCGACCCUGCUCGGAAAAGCAGUCUUAGUUGUAAAUAUUGAGCUAAAACCGAUGGUUAUUUAUUUACUCGCCCUUUCUUUAACCACUAAAGUGUACAUUGUGAUUCUUUUUCUGCCCUCUUUCUCUUUUUUGGACAAAGUAAUGUACUUUACAUAUACAUACAAUUUGUAACUUUUUUUGUUUUGGUUUUUCCUUUUGCGUGUUGUUCGAAUUUCUCUUAGUAAAUUAUAUUCUCUGAACAAUUGGUACGAGCUAACCAAUAUGUGUAGAGUGAUUUGUAUUGUGUAUUUUACAUGAAGGAUGACAAAACUGGGGAACUUUUAUAUUUAUAAAGGCAUAUAUUAACAUUUUAGUGUGUCGUUUACGAGGAAAAAUAGAAGAAAUAUCCAAGACACAUGUAGUUUGGUUUUUCUGAAUAUUUCAGACUUGAGCUCAGGCUAGCUUCUUAGUGUUGUUUACUUACUUGUGGCUUGUCUUUCAAUUAAUAAACUUUUCCUUGUUGAAA